AAAAAAAAAAAAAAAAAAAAAAAAAAAAAAAAAAAAGGAGUACGACAAAGAGAACAAAUCCAAUAAAACCCAUUUCCUUUCCAAAACCCUAAACUACAAGUCUACCACCCCAUUUUUUCUUCUCUAAAUCAACAAUGACUUCUUCCCUACAAUGCAUCUUCGGCAACAUCGCCGCCUCUUCCACCAAUCUCCGCCGUCAAUUCAACCUCCCACCCCUCGACUCCGGCCACCAUAAACGCUUACACCUUCACUCAUUCACACCUUCAAAAUGCCUAUACGUCGACGUUUUGGACCAGAAGAAUGCUCCACAAAUUGGCGCCAAAACAAAGGAGAUAAUGGAGGAUGAUGCAAAGGUGAUUGUGGGUACUUAUGCUAGAGCUCCGGUUGUUUUCUCCCAUGGCAAAGGUUGUAAAUUGUUCGAUAUUGAAGGGCAAGAGUAUUUGGAUCUUACUUCUGGGAUUGCUGUUAAUGCUCUUGGUCAUUCUGACCCUGAUUGGGUUCGGGCUGUUUCUGAUCAAGCCCAUUCUUUGGCCCAUGUUAGCAACCUUUAUUACUCUGUUCCUAUGGUGGAGCUUGCAAAGCGUCUAGUUUCAUCUUCGUUUGCUGAUCGCGUAUUCUUUACAAAUUCUGGAACAGAAGCAAAUGAAGCUGCCAUUAAAUUUGCUAGAAAGUUCCAGAGACAUACACAUCCUGAUGCAAAAGACCCACCAACUGAGUUUAUUGCGUUUAGUAAUUGUUUCCAUGGAAGAACAAUUGGUACUCUCUCUUUGACUAGUAAAGAAAAUUACAGAUCUCCUUUUGAGCCACUCAUGCCUGGAGUCACUUUUCUUGAAUAUGGUAAUUCUGAGGCUGCAAGAAAACUUAUAUUGAGUGGGAAAGUAGCUGCUGUUUUUGUUGAACCCAUUCAAGGUGAAGGGGGCAUAUACAGUGCCACCAAGGAGUUCUUACAGUCAUUACGUGCUGCUUGUGAUGAAGCUGGAUCACUCUUGGUUUAUGAUGAGGUGCAAUGUGGUUUGGGCAGAACUGGUUACCUCUGGGCACAUGAAGCUUAUGGUGUAUACCCUGAUAUUAUGACACUUGCAAAGCCUCUUGCCGGAGGCUUGCCUAUUGGAGCUGCGCUGGUUACAGAAAGAGUUUCAUCGGCUAUAAACCCUGGAGACCACGGAAGCACCUUUGCUGGUGGACCACUUGUGUGUCAAGCUGCACUUACUGUCCUAGAUAAAAUCUUGAGUCCUAGUUUUUUGGCUGGCGUAUCAAAGAAAGGCCAGUACUUCAAAGAACUCUUGACAAAGAAAUUGGGAGGAAACCGACAUGUCAAAGAAGUCCGAGGGCAGGGUCUUAUUCUUGGUAUAGAAUUAGAUGUACCAGCUGGUCCUCUGGUUGAUGCUUGUCGAAAUUCAGGACUGUUAAUUUUAACUGCUGGGAAAGGAAACAUAGUGAGAUUGGUUCCUCCACUUAUCAUAUCAGAGCAGGAACUUGAAAAAAGCGCAGAGAUUCUCCUUAAGUGUUUCCCUGCCUUGGAUUGAAGCAGUCUAUGUUGGAUUAGUGUACGAUAAAUGUAAAAUUUUCCUGUGACAACAAUAGAUCAGAAGCACAUAUUAGGCAUAGUAGCUGAUUAGCUGUAAAUCAGGGAUACGUUUUUUCUACUAAGCCUCUCUUUGAAUUGUGCCAUGGAAUAAUGUAGCAAUUGUUUUUUGCAAUGUAUACUACUCGUUCAAUGGGAACACUUAUCUUACAAAGUA